AUGGGUCUUACAAGUCACACAGGAUUGCUCGCUAGUUCUCCACAGAAGAUUACAUCAGUCAAAGACCGGGGUACAAUAGAGUUACGAUGCGAAGUGACAGCUGCCCCGUUCAUGCUGAGGCCGUAUGCAGGCCUGUACAAUCCAUUCUCCAAUACGUGUUCCGUGCUCUGCAACCAUCCCGCCGACACUACCACAAAAGAAUUCGUCAAACGUGCGAAAGAUGCAUGGGUUUUGGAAGGAAAAGGCCAUCACUUCCAAGAAGAUUUGUCUAAAUUUCAAGAUCAGGAUAAAGAGAAGAAUAGGACGCCUCAUGAUAUUGUCACAGAGGAAAUGUUCAGAAGAUACACAGAAACUGAUUCCCGUCCACUGACUCCAGCCCCUACCUUAGCGAGUGGCAAGUCCCGAGGAUCUAGAAGGUGCCUGACGCCAGACCAGCCUAGACAGAAGACUACCAUUGUUUUAGAUCUGCGCAGGAGUCAUAGUCAGGAAACCCUUUAUUACCAUGGCUGUACAACCUCAGAGGUGACCGCAGCAGCCACCAAUGAGAGGUCACUUCCCUCACUAAACCUAUCUGAAAGUGCUCAUAAACUGUUAAAGGGGCAAUGUGAGCAAUUACCGCCAUUAGCCUCUCCCCUUGUGUUAUCUAAAAGAGCUGUCCGAGAACCUGCUAAAAAGAACCAACUGAAAGCUUUGAAUAUUGGCAAAACCCCAAGAAACAAAAAGAAUGAUGCACCUUCAUCCCAACGAUCGAAGAGCGAGAAAGAUACUGAGAAUCCUGAUGAGAUGCCUCCAAUGGAUGACGGGGGAUUGGAAAUGCGUAGGCGUGGCAAACGUCGCCGUAAGGGCCGAGGUAGUGAUCGCCUCACAUCUGCUGGUCUCGCUGCGCAGACGCAACAAGACCCUGAAACACAGAUCGCGGGAAUAGGAACAGAUUCGCAAAAUCCAAGUUCCCGCGCAUCUAUAGCGCGCAUAAAUGACGUGGACAUUAUACUUCCGGUUGUCAAAACUGGAGUCACGCGGAAAACGGAUUCGUUCCUUGAUGAUGACAUGCUCAAAUAUCUCCACAGAGAGGUCGAUGAAGAGGCUAUCGAAACUGAAUUUGAUGUUAAACGUCGUUACGUCCUCGAAGAGGCGCUACGAACGCGUCCAGAGCGUCCCUACGGCGAGGAAAUGCAAAGCCUACUUCGCGAAAUGCGAGUCCCAGCAGUCAGCUUGGGUGAUUGGUUGCACAUACCACGAGUGUUUUCAAGGCAGAACGCGCAAUUCCAAUUGCCUAUUGAUACUAAUGAUCUUGAGACACUUACUCCAAUGCAGUAUGCAGCCAGGUUCGUAACUAUCAAAAAGUCAAAACAGUUACUUUAUUUAACCGUGUUACGCAAAUUCAGGCCAAAUGGUUACAGGAUACCGUUGAAGGAUAUCCCCGAAGGCCUGAAACUCAUGAUGGGUGGUGUUCUAACCAAUGAACAAGUGAGUCAUUUUCAAACUAUCAUGGAGUGGGAUCACUAUGAAGAUGAAGAGAACUUUCCGGAUGAGAUCAAACUGACUCUGCUCGACACAGGCUAUAGGAGGCAUAGCGGAGGAGGUGAUGGAGAGGUGGAUGUUAAUACAAUAAAGUAUAGAACUUGGUGCGGAUUAUGUGCCGUCUGUGAACGGAUGUAUGGGCGCUUUCCUCCUAGAGACAAAGACUCUCCAGACGGGAUGGAACUCAGCGAUUUUUCAAUGGUGGAGACAAAAAUUAACACCCUGAAAAUUCACCCAGGAUUAGCAGAAAUUCUGAACACAAUAUGCAGGCGAUAG